AUGACCGCUAACGCUUCACUAGGUAAGCUGAAUGAUCUCCUGGAGGGCAUAAGACAGGAGUUUGCCCAGCUUUCCCAUGAGGCAAACUCCUACAGACUGCACCAGAAGGACUACGAUUACAAGAUUAAACAACAAUUGGCUGAAAUGCAGCAGAUAAGAAACACUGUGUAUGAACUAGAGAUGUCGCAUAGAAAGAUGAAAGAUGCCUACGAUGAAGAAAUCGAGAGGUUAAAAAUUGAACUGGACACUAGAGAUCGUCAAUUGGCAACCUUGAGUGCUCAACAACAACAGCAACAACAACAACAACAACAACAACAACAACAACAGCAACAGCAGCAACAACAACAACAGCAACAACAACAACAACAGCAGCAACAACAACAACAACAACAACAACAACAACAACAGCUUCACCAGCAACAACUUCAGGCGUCACCAACUGGCCAGGGUCAUGUCCAGGUCGACCAAAACGGUGCUUACCAGCUCUAUCGCCCAGUACAAGCAGCUACUAUUGAAACUAAUGGUGGGCUACCAGCUGGUGGCCAAUCUACUCUUCCCCAACCUUACAAUGCUAUAGCGGCAAGCCAAGCCGAUCACGUGCAACAAAGGCACCGGAUGGCUCCUGCUGUUGGCAACCUGACAAGCACACCAACUGUUAAUUCCCAACACUCAACUCAUCCACCUACUCCUGCAUUAGCUUCUUCUUCCAAGAUGCAACCUACAGCAUUGGCGACUCAACCUGUUACUAUGCCAGCAACACAAUUACCAACAUUUCAGCAGCCGCAGGUUGAGACACCACAAAUUAAGCACGAAGCUCCCCAAUCUGCUACUCAAAUAACUCAAACACCUACUUUACAAAGCGCUACUGUAGCUGCGAAUACCCCAAAAGUUCAGACACCAUCUGUAGCUACACCUGGAAUCCAAGCCACUCCAAGUUCAGCUAAUCAGGUUGAAGUUGCUACAGCUCCAACAAUUGCAAAAUCUCCAGCUAACAAACAACCAGCUAUAUUGAAUCAAACUUCUCCAGUAAACACAGCAGCAAAUGCAGCACCCAUUCUAUCUGAGAAAAUAAAAUCACCUCUUCAGGAAUCACAAGCACCUGGGACAACUGUUUCAGAGGUCACAACAUCUAAUGCUGAUGCGACACAAUCACCUGGUCAAACAUCUUCCGCUUUAGAUAGCAAUAGGCCAGAAAUAAACGAGAAAGUGGACGAAAAGGCUACCCAAACAGUGCAAGAAACAGCGGGAAAAAAACAAGAUACUGCGGAUAAAUCAGAUGAAUCCAACAACUAUCUAGUACCACUAGAACAAAGGGCAGACCAUGUGAAGCCCAUUCCACCAUUUUUAUUAGAUUUAGAUGCUUCCUCUGUUCCUGAAAAUAUGAAAAAGCAAACUAAUGAUUAUUAUGUUUUGUUUAACCCAGCUCUACCACGCUCGAUUGACUUAGACUUACAUAAGACUCUAGAACAUACUAGUGUGGUAUGUUGUGUAAAGUUUAGUAAUGAUGGGGAGUUUUUGGCCACAGGUUGUAAUAAGACAACUCAAAUUUAUCGUGUAUCCGACGGUGAGCUAGUAGCUAGAUUUUCUGACGAAAAUGCUCAUACUGACAAGGCUGAUGGUAAUGACAAUGCCGAAGCUGAGACAUCAGCCGGCGCAACCACCGACUUAUACAUCAGAUCUGUUUGUUUCUCACCUGAUGGCAAAUUUUUAGCAACUGGUGCUGAAGAUAAGUUAAUAAGAAUUUGGGAUAUAGAACAAAAGAAGAUUGUAAUGGUCUUAAAGGGCCACGAGCAAGAUAUCUACUCUUUAGAUUAUUUCCCUUCAGGAGAUAAACUAGUUUCAGGAUCCGGUGAUAGAACUGUAAGGAUAUGGGACUUGAAAACUGGCCAAUGCACCUUAACUCUAUCCAUAGAGGAUGGUGUAACUACUGUUGCAGUAUCUCCUGGAGAUGGUAAGUUCAUAGCAGCUGGUUCUUUAGACAGAGCUGUCAGAGUUUGGGACUCUGAUACAGGCUUUUUAGUAGAGAGACUAGAUUCUGAAAACGAGUUGGGUACUGGUCAUAAAGAUUCAGUAUAUAGCGUCGUCUUCACUAGGGAUGGUAAUGGUGUUGUUUCUGGUUCAUUGGACCGUUCCGUAAAGCUUUGGAACUUGCGUAAUGUAAACCACAAUAAUGCUGACGGUAAGCCUACCUCUGGAACUUGUGAAGUCACAUAUACUGGUCAUAAGGAUUUCGUUCUUUCAGUUGCUACCACAGAAGACGAUGAAUAUAUUUUGUCUGGUUCUAAGGAUAGAGGUGUCUUGUUUUGGGACAAGGUUUCCGGAAACCCAUUAUUAAUGUUACAGGGCCAUCGUAACUCUGUUAUAUCUGUUGCAGUAAACCAUGGACAUCCAUUGGGACCAAACUAUCACAUAUUUGCAACAGGGAGUGGUGACUGUAAAGCCAGAAUCUGGAAAUACAUUAAGACCACUACAGAAGUCAAUUCAAAUGGAAAGAUCCAACCAAUUUCAUAA